CGGCUGUCAGGGGCGAGACGUUGUCUGCGUGAAAAAAAAGAAAGAAAGGACACUACUUAAUAAUUGAUUGUUUGGGCUAGAUAUUGUAAAUCCAUGCUCGCGUUUACAGCGCGUCUCGCCACUGUUAAUCCGCGUAUGCGCAGUACGCGCCUCUAUUGUCUCGCAGCAGCAGCAGCAGCAGCGCGCGCUGAAUCGAUCUCCAGGCAGACGGAGGGAGGACGAGCGGACCUCUGGACGUACACACUGGACGGGCAUCAUGGCUGGUGUAUUUUGAAUCAGUCCUCUCUGUAUAAGAGAGAGCUUUUUGCAUUCAAAGUACUGCGGAUGUGUUGUCGCGCCUGGUGAUUUUGGGCAGGCUGUCCUGUCAGUUGCUCAUAAGCGGAGAACGUGUUGCGUUUUUGCUCGCGCGAACGGCUUUAUUUUCACCCCCUUGUGCCCUAAGGUGAUUAUCGAGACUGUAGGUCCAUGAUUCGACCAGGAAAAUGGGCUGUUGCGUCUGCGAGACACAGCUGUGUUAGUCAGACUUGACAACCGCGGAUUCUAGCGCUUGUUUUGGUCGCUUGUUUGAAGGAGGCUCGAGAAGCGCCGCAGGGCGAUCCGUGACACCCUUUCCGCGACACCCCCACCCAUUUUUAGUGGAUACUUUUGGAUGGGGGGCAAGCAGAGUACGGCGGGGCGGCCCCGGGGAGCUUUUCCCGGUGUCUCGACGGAUGACAGCGCGGUGCCACCCUCGGCCCACUUCGGACACUACCGGCCAGGUGGUACGAUGGGACUGCGCAGCCGCUCGGUGAGCUCCGUGGCGGGGAUGGGCAUAGAUCACAGCGCCACGGUGCCCUUCGGGUUUUACACCCCCAGAGGAACAGACUCGGACAGAGCCGGAGGGGGGUCUGGCUCGGAUCCCGCUCAUAACGGGAAUGGAUACCAAGAAACGGGCGGCGGGCACCACACGGACGGUAUGCUUUACCUGGGACCCCGGGCGUCGUUGGCAGACACGUUGCCCCUGCACAUUGCGCCCCGAUGGUUUAGCGCCCAUAGCGGAUUUAAGUGUCCUGUCUGCUCCAAAUCAGUGGCAUCCAAUGAGAUGGAGGUUCACUUUAUCAUGUGUCUGAGCAAGCCCCGCCUCUCCUACAACGACGACGUGUUGUCAAGAGACUCAGGAGAAUGUGUAAUAUGUCUGGAGGAGCUACAGCAGGGAGACACCAUCGCUAGACUGCCGUGCCUCUGUAUCUAUCACAAAAGCUGUAUAGACUCCUGGUUUGAGAUCAACCGCUCCUGCCCUGAACAUCCUUCAGACUGACCUCCAUCAUCUACUUCUGCUACCACUGAGAAAGGGCACUUUAUGGACCUAAACCUGGAUAUCCUGACACAAAAAUAACCACAUAAAUCAAUCUACCAACCAAUUCGAUCGAAACCUACAGAAACGGAAAUGUGUCAUCGCAAAACUGAACCAAAUAAAAGCGUUCAUCCAGCCAACACCAUCAUUACCACUUGCAGAAUCCCUUAUCUCCUGCCCGCUAAACUGCUAAAUGGCCCCUUCACGGCAAAACCACCAACACCGGAUGUCUGGCUUUGGAAAAUGUCUCGCUUUCUUGCCCAAUCUCCAUACUCUGUGUUCUUAUCGGCGUGUGUAUUCAGUCUGCAUUCUGACCCGCUCCUCUCUCCUUGUGUAUGUAAUCAGACGGAAGGAGAUGGGAAAGAGGGGGCGGGGCGGGGCAACACAAGAGGCGGGGCAUAUGCGGUAAAUAAGUAGGAAGUAGACCACGCUUUGCAAACUGAUCCAGAGGCCAUACCUGUCCUGUCAAUCAAACGAUGCUGAUUAUAGGGGUGUGGCAGGGGGCGGGGUUUCACACCUGGUUCGUGGGAGGAGUUUUGUGUGCGCGGUUCACUCGUUAUUGAUGUGUUGGACAGCCGGUGGACGUAGAUUUACUUAUUCUGUGUGUGCAUGUGCGUGAUCAUGUGUCCACAGGCAGGGAAAUGUGUAAAUUGUGUUUCCUGUUAGUGCCAGAGCAAGUCCAAGA